AUGGGGUUCUGCCUGGGAGGUGGAAGACUUCUGAACAGCGAAGGGGACACGCAGAGUCCCUUACACCUGCAGUUGGACUGGGCUAGCCCACUGGAGACGCUGGUGGACGUGCUGGUGGGCGUUCUGCAGGUGCAUGCCUGGGAGGACGUCUGCCUGGUGUUCUGCCGCGUCCGGGACCUCGGGGGUCUGGUGGCCCUCUGGACACGCCGGGCUGGCCGCGCCCCGAAACUCGUCCUAGACCUGAGCCGGCCGGACACCAGUGACGCAGGACUGCAGUUACGCUUGGCCCCGCUAGGGGCGCUGGCAGGUGCCGAGGCCCCGGUGCCCGCGGCCGUGCUCCUGGGAUGCGAUGCGCCCCACGCCUGGCAGGUGCUGGCGGCCGUACCCCGAGGGCCCCGGUGGCUGCUGGGCACGCCGCUGCCAGCCGAGGCACUGCCCACCACGGACCUACCGCUCGGUCUGCUGGCUCUGGGUGAGGUGGACCGGCCCCCUCUGGAGGCGGCUAUCCAGGACGCUGUGGAGCUUGUGGCCCGCGCCCUGGGCAGUAUGGCCAGCCUGCAGCCAGAGCGCGCCCUGCUCCCCACCGUGGCCAACUGCACCGAGCCGCGGCCGGCCGGGCCGGAGUCCUCGGGCCGUUUCUUGGCUCGGUUCCUCGCGAAUACGUCCUUCCAUGGCCGGACCGGGCCGGUGUGGGUGACAGCCGCGUCCCAGGUCCACAUGGCCCGCCAUUUCAAGGUGUGGAGCCUGCGCCAGGACCUGCUGGGCGCCCCGGCCUGGGCCACGGUGGGCAGGUGGUGGGACGGGCGGUUGGAGCUGGAGCCCGGCGCCGCCGCCCUGCGGCCCCCGCCGCCGCCGGGAGCCCAGGCCCGGCCCAAGCUGCGCGUGGUGACGCUGGUGGAGCACCCGUUCGUGUUCGCGCGCGAGGCGGACGAGGAGGGCCAGUGCCCGGCCGGCCAGCUGUGCCUGGAGCCGGGCACCAACGACUCGGCGGCGCUCGACGCGCUCUUCGGCGCGCUGGCCAACGGCUCGGUGCCCCGCGCGCUGCGCAAAUGCUGCUACGGCUACUGCAUCGACCUGCUGGAGCGGCUGGCCGAGGACACGCCCUUCGACUUCGAGCUCUACAUCGUGGGCGACGGCAAGUACGGCGCGCUGCGCGACGGCCGCUGGACCGGCCUGGUGGGCGACCUGCUGGCCGGCUCGGCGCACAUGGCCGUCACCAGCUUCAGCAUCAACUCGGCGCGCUCGCGCGUGGUCGACUUCACCAGCCCUUUCUUCUCCACCAGCCUGGGCAUCCUGGUGCGCGCGCGCGACACCGCCUCGCCGCUGGGCGCCUUCAUGUGGCCGCUGCACUGGUCCAUGUGGCUGGGGGUCUUUGUGGCGCUGCACCUGAUGGCGCUCUUCCUGACGCUGUACGAGUGGCGCAGCCCCUACGGCCUCACGCCGCGCGGCCGCAACCGCGGCACCGUCUUCUCCUACUCCUCUGCCCUCACCCUCUGCUACGCCAUCCUCUUCGGCCGCACCGGGUCCAGCAAGACGCCCAAGUGCCCCACAGGGCGCUUCCUCAUGAAUCUGUGGGCCAUCUUCUGCCUGCUCGUGCUGUCCAGCUACACGGCCAACCUGGCCGCCGUCAUGGUCGGGGACAAGACCUUCGAGGAGUUCUCGGGGAUCCACGACCCCAAGCUGCACCGCCCGCCGCCCGGCUUCCGCGUGGGCACCGUGCGUGAGAGCAGCGCCGAGGGCUACAUCAGGAAGAGCUUCCCCGGGAUGCACGCACACAUGCGCCGCCACAGUGCCGCCACCACGCCGGACGGUGUCGCCAUGCUCACGAGUGACCCCCCCAAGCUCAACGCCUUCAUCAUGGAUAAGUCCCUCCUGGACUACGAGGUCUCCAUCGACGCCGACUGCAAACUGCUGACCGUGGGCAAGCCGUUCGCCAUAGAGGGCUACGGCAUUGGGCUGCCCCAGAACUCGCCGCUGACGUCCAACCUGUCCGAGUUCAUCAGCAGCUACAAGUCCUCGGGCUUCAUCGACCUGCUGCACGACAAGUGGUACAAGAUGGUGCCAUGCGGGAAGCGGGCCAUCGCUGUCACUGAGACCUUCCAGAUGGGCAUCUACCACUUCUCGGGUCUGUUUGUGUUGCUGUGCCUGGGCCUGGGCAGCGCCCUGCUCAGCUCACUGGGUGAGCAUGUCUUCUACCGCCUGGUGCUGCCACGCAUCCGCAGGGGAAACAAGCUACAGUAUUGGCUGCACACGAGCCAGAAAAUCCACCGGGCUCUCAACACUGAGCCGCAACCAGAUUUGCAGAGUGGAGAGCGGCCGCAGGCACCCGAGACCAGGUAAGGGCCCGGGGAGCAGGUGGCACCGGUGCCAGGCCGAGGUGGCUGGAGGCGGGUGCGCCGCGCCGUGAGGACGGAGCAGCGCCGUGUGCGCUUCCUGCUGGAGCCCCCGGCUGCCGACACCGACAUGUACACGGGGGCGGAUGCAGGCCCACCGGAUGGCCCCGUGUGGCUCUGCUCCAACGGCCGCGCGCCCACCCCACCGUCCUCGGGCGGCCCGGGCCCCAGCGAGCUGGAGACACUGGAGGCGCACAUCGAGGGGGUGCGCGAGCGGCUGCGACAGGCGCUGGUGCGGCGUGGCGAGCUCCGUGCUCAGCUGGGUGACAGUGACAGGCCCCUGCGCCUGGCACGUGAGCGCCUCGGAGAUGCGCCCGGCGGUAUGCACACAGUGGCAGCGCUGUAACAGAGGAUUUAUUCUAUAUACAAACACA